CAAUACAUACCCCCUCUAUCUUUUUCUUUCGUUUGCGGCUAUCUUCUUCUGAAGAAAAAGGUUUCUCCUCUUACAUCUACAAAUUAUGUCGUUAUUUCAUUAAUAUACCAAUCAUUUGAUUCUAAAUCUCACAAAAUUAUCACUUUUACACUAGAUUCUGUUUCUUGACAUCUUAGGGGUUUGUCAAAAAUGAGUGAUUUUGAUGGAAACUUCAUAGAAAUGACGUCGUAUUGGGCUCCACCGUCCAGCCCUAGCCCAAGAACGAUAUUGGCGAUGCUGGAGCAAACCGACGAUGGUAUGAAUCCGAUAAGUGAGAUCUUCCCUCAAACCAACAUACCAAGAGAUCAUGAUACUGAUCAGUCUGGACAAAGAUCUGGUCUCCGUGAGAGAUUAGCUGCAAGAAUAGGAUUCAGUCUUCCAACACUCGAUGCAGAAAACAUGAGUCCUUUGGAUGCAUUUUUCAGGAGUUCGACUGUUCCUAAUUCUCCUGUCGUUGCAAUCUCUCCAGGAUUUAGCCCAUCAGCACUAUUGCAAUCUCCCAAUAUGGUCAGUGAUUCUUCACAGAUUAUCCCUCCGUCUCCAGCCACCAAUUACGGACCUCCGGAGAUGGUGGAAACUUCCGGUGAAGACAAUGCAAUGACGAUGGCAUUCAACAAUGAUUUUCCUUAUCAGCCGUACAAUGUUGAUCUGCCUCCUCUAGAAGUCUUUGAUGAUAUUCCAACGGAAGAGUCCUUUUAUAUCCCAUCUUAUGAACCUGAUGUUGACCCAAUUGGAACUCCUUUAGUGGCUUCCUUUGAAUCUGAACUCGGUGACGUUGACCCAAUUGGAACUCCUUUAGUCGCUUCCUUUGAAUCUGAACUCGGUGACGUUGACCCAAUUGGGACUCCUUUAGUCGCUUCCUUUGAAUCUGAACUCGGUGACGAUGCCCAUAUCGACAUCAUUUCCAUUGAAGACAGUGAGAGCGAAAAUGAAAACAAAGAUGAAGACGACGAGGACUACCAAUUCGAUUACGAAGACGAAGACCAAGAUGUAUAUCUAGAUGAAGAGGAAGAUGAAGACAAUGUUGCAUUAGACGAUGAUGCUCAACCUUCAGCUCCAAAGAGAAGGAGAUUUGAUCAGGCAUCAAACAAUAUUGGAGCCACAAGAACAAGCAAGACACAAAGGGUCAUACUUCAAAUGGAAACCGACGAAGACAAUCCUAAUGAUGGUUAUCGCUGGAGAAAAUACGGUCAGAAAGUCGUCAAAGGAAAUCCUAAUCCGAGGAGUUACUACAAAUGCACAAACAAUGAGUGCAAAGUGAAGAAGCAUGUGGAGAGAGGAGCAGACAACAAUAAGUUAGUUGUGACUACAUACGAUGGGAUACACAACCAUCCUUCACCACCUGCACGUAGAAGCAAUACCGGUGGAAGGAAUCGGUCUGCAGGUACAACAAUGCCUCAAAAUCAGAUGGAUCGAACCAGUCGGUUAGCUAGGGAUCAUCCUCCUCCGGCUCGCACACCUGUGGAGAUGAGGCCUUUCUCUUCGAUGGCUCCACAAGUUGAUCUGACACAGGUUUAUAUGAGCGGAAUCUCUAAGCUGCCGAAUAUACCAGUUUACCAGCUGAAUCCGGGGUUUAUGUACCGGAAUGAUGAACCGAUGAUGAAUGUGAUGCCGGAUGGUUCAGAUGUGUACCCGAUGAUGAAUGUGAUGCCGGAUGGUUCAGAUGUGUACGGUGGGAUCAUGAACCGCCUACUUGGGAAGAAGAAGAUUGAAGAAGCAUUGGAGAUUGAGAAUUCAGCCAUGGAGGAAGUGACGAGAUCUGUGUUAGCGGAGGAGAUACUAAAGCGUUUAGAUCUGGAGAAUCUCUGUUCCGUUGCCUGCGUUUCCACCACUCUCCGCUCCGCCGUUGUCUCCGGCGUUCUACCUUCUCUUACCUCUCUCGAUCUCUCUAUUUUCUCUCCGGACGAUGAAACUCUGAAUCAUGUGCUGCGUGGUUGUAUCGGACUUAGUAGUUUAACUCUGAAUUGUCUCCGCCUUAACGCUGCUUCUGUGCGUGGGGUUCUCGGGCCACAUCUCCGAGAGCUUCACUUGCUCAGGUGUUCGCUUUUAUCCUCCACCGUCCUCACUUCCAUCGGCUCCCUCUGCCCAAAUCUCCGGGUUCUUACCCUGGAAAUGGCAGACUUGGAUUCUCCCGCUGUUUUUCAGUCUAACUUGACGCAGAUGCUUAACGGGUGUCCGUAUCUGGAGUCUCUGCAACUUAAUAUCCGAGGUAUCCUAGUAGAUGCCACCGCUUUCCAGUCUGUUAGAUUCUCCUUGCCAGAAACUCUCAAAGUUCUAAGGUUACAGCCACUUCUUGAGUCUGAAGCAAUUCUUCUCAUGAACAGAUUCAAAGUCACUGGAACUUAUUUGUCUCAGGCUGAUUAUAGUGCCUUGCUUUCUCCUUCACCUUCUUUUACUUUGCAAAGCCUGUCUCUUGUCCUGGACUUGAUAUCUGAUAGGCUAAUCAUAGCUAUCACAGGUUCUCUUCCUCAACUUGUCAAACUGGACCUUGAAGACCGUCCUGAAAAAGAGCCAUUUCCUGACAGUGACUUGACUUACACUGGGCUUCAGGCUCUGGGUUAUUGUCAGCAACUGACAAGCCUCUCUCUGGUUCGAACUUGUUACAACCGCAAGAUAUCAUUCAAAAGAAUAAACGAUAUGGGUAUAUUUCUUCUUUCCGAGGCUUGCAAGGGUUUAGAGUCAGUGAGGCUCGGUGGGUUCCCAAAAGUCAGUGAUGCUGGUUUUGCAUCGCUCCUUCACUCAUGUCGGAACUUGAAAAAGUUUGAAAUACUAGGUGCUUUCCUGUUGUCUGAUUUGGCAUUCCAUGACGUCACAGGGUCUUCCUGUUCUCUUCAAGAGGUCAGACUCUCGACGUGCCCUCUCAUAACCAGCGAAGCCGUGAAGAAACUGGGGUUGUGUGGCAAUCUCGAGGUGCUCGACUUGGGCAGCUGCAAAAGUAUAUCAGAUUCUUGCCUCAACUCUGUUUCAGCCCUGAGAAAGUUAACUUCUCUGAAUCUCGCAGGAGCUGAUGUAACUGAUAGUGGCAUGCUUGCACUUGGUAAGUCAGAUGUUCCCAUCACGCAACUGUCUCUCCGCGGCUGUAGGAGAGUCAGUGACAGAGGAAUAUCCCAUCUGUUGAACAAUGAAGGAACAAUCACCAAAACAUUAUCAACACUUGAUCUCGGUCACAUGCCAGGAAUCUCAGACAGAGCCAUCCACACAAUCACACACUGUUGCAAGGCUUUGACAGAGCUGAGUAUCAGGAGUUGCUUUCAUGUAACAGAUUCUUCGAUAGAGUCGCUGGCUACAAGGGAAAGACAAUCAGAGGGAGGAAGCAAACAAUUGAGGAAGCUCAAUGUCCAUAACUGUGUAAGCUUAACGACUGGAGCACUGAGAUGGUUAAGCAAGCCGUCUUUCGCAGGUCUGCAUUGGCUCGGAUUGGGACAAACACGAUUCGCUGGUCGAAAAGAGACGGUUACAGCUACGAUUUGUGGACAGAGGCCAUGGCUCACGUUGUGCUUUGAUGGAUGUGAGCUUGGAUGCUGUGAUGGUUGGGAAUUCCACACGCCACAACGCCACUGAAGAACUCAAUUGUCUCACUAGUUCAUGUAUUGUAUAAAAUCGUUCAGAAACA